AUGGACGCAACUGCCCCCGAAUGGACGCGCGAGGAGUACUCCGACCUCCUGAGCAAGGACAAGACCAAGGUCAAGGAGGCCGUCAAGCGGUAUCUGGCCGACCAGGUCCGCACCGACUGGGAUUUCACCUGGCCGCCGUCGCCUGAGCCCGCCAAUAUCGAUGAGAUCGUGAAGCCUCUGUCGCCCCCUGCGUCCGAGAAAUCAGGCGUCGCAGACCUCGAGGGUGCGGACGAAAAACCAGACGUCCAGGGUCUCGAUGGCGUGAAUGACGUGCCGGAUGAGAUCGACGACGAUGCGGGAUACCAGGCUGACGAUGGUGACGAGGAUGAUGAUCUGCGGGACGCCCCUCACAUUGACGAUGGGGCGUCGAUCUACAGCUUCAUGUCUGAGGACCCUCUGCACUACAAGCCUCUCGAGGAGUGGGACUCGGAUGCCCCCAACGACGAGUUCUCGCCCAUGGAGGAGGUCAGCCCUGAGCGUCUGGCCCACGAACAAAAUAUGACGGAAGCUGAGAGGCAAGCCGAGAAGCGACGAGCUUUGAGGCAAGAGAUGGAGUGGAACGAGGGUCUUGCUUGCUUCGAAGCCAGGCGCAAUGCUUGGACAGAGGCCAGAACUGUGCGGUUACGACGAAAACCCGGUGUCGUUUCGCCCAUCAGCCCAACUCGCUCCCCUCGCCGCUUCUUUUUCCGCAGGUCCAUGUCGAGCACCCCAUCUACACCAUCGCAGAGUGUCCCGCCUGUGAGCGCAAUUUCUGUCUCUCUAUCCGAGGUGACCCCAGAAGCGGACGAGUCGCAAAAGUCGCCUGAUAGGGACUCGACUUCAAACAUUUCGCAAGAAUCGGGUGUUUCGUCAUAUCCGGUGGCGACCAUUGUGCCACUUGCGUCGCCAAUCCUGCCCCCUGGCAACACUCUGCGGGCCUCGAUCCAUCCCAGCCACUAUCUGCAGCUUUACGAUAAGCUUAUUCUCAGCAGCCUGACCCCCUCCUGCCCUGUCAACCUCUCUGAUAUGAUUAGAGCCUGCGUCGCCGGCUGGAAACGAGACGGCGAGUGGCCUCCAAGACCAACCAUCCCUCUUGAGCCUACCUUUGCCCCUGUGAUGGCGACGAAGAAGAAGAGAUCUUCUUUCGUCGGGCAAAAUGAUAGCGGAUUUGCCGGGCGCCGUAUGAGUUUCACUGGGCUACUGUCCCGCGACAAGGACGGCGAGUCUCGGAACGGGAAGGGCGUGCGACAAAGUAUCCAGAGGGCGCUCGGCAUCCAUCCCUCUCUUCCACAUGACGCACCAGUGACAGUUGAAAAGGCCCAGUAG